GAAUCAAUUUUCAAACCAAAAAUCCCACGUGUCAAACCAUGAGCUCCGGGUUCUCACCGUACGCGUCCCCUCUCCCUUGUAUCUCCACUCUAUCUUCCUCCCAACGUUUAGAUUUCUUCAACGCUCCAAUAAUAUUAUUCAACAACCUCAAAGGCCCGAAACAAACAGACCCGAAACCAUUGUUGUGCAAUAAUCAAAGUCUUCGGAAAUUUUAAGGAAGCCGACUAGAGAUGAAAGAAGGCUUCGUUGUGGAAGCUGGGUUCGUAUUCCAAGAGGAGACUCAUCUCACCGUCCUAAAGACCUCUCUGUUCUUUGCCAAUGAUGGGUUCUCCGUGUAUGAUUGCAAGGGCGACCUGGUCUUCCGAGUCGACUCGUACGGUCCGGAGACCCAUGACAAGGGUGAAAUCGUUCUCAUGGACCCUCACGGAAGGUGCCUCCUCACUGUCCGGCGAAAGCGGCCGAGUCUGCAUCACCGGUGGGAGGGGUUUAUAGGGGAGAGAAUCGACGGGCAGAAAGCGACCUUCAGCGUGCGGAGAUCCUCGAUGAUCGGACGGUCGAACGUGAACGUGGAGGUAUUUAGCGACCCAGGGGAGGAGUACCAGAUCGAGGGCAACUUUGCACAACGCUGUUGCACGAUCUUGGAUGCGGCGAAGGAAACAGUGGCUGAGAUCCGACGCAAAGUAGAUGCUUCCACCCAAGUGGUGCUUGGGAAGGACGCUUUCUCUCUUUGCGUUAAGCCUGGCUUCGAUGGGGCUUUUGCCAUGGGAUUGGUGCUCGUUCUUGAUCAGAUCACCGGUGAUGGUGAUCAUGGCGAUGGCGAUGGCGACGGUGAUGAUAGUGUUACUGGGGGAGUUCAGGUGGAGCCCCUCACAGAUGAUUAGUGGGAUAUUAUUUCUGUUUCUGGCUUUGCUUAAUUAAUAUAGCUAAUCUACGGACGGUAAUCUUGAUCUUUGUUGUAUUUAACUUCCGAUCCAUUUUCGCUAAUUUAAAAAGGGAUUAGCUUGGGCUCUUCCCAGCGACUGCUUUGAUUUGGUGGAUAAUGGAAAAUCAUAAAGGAAUAAUGAAAAUUUUAGUGUUCAAGUUCUUUCA